CUUUUUACCCCACGCCUGCGCGUCAUUCCCUCCCAGCCUGUACCUAACACAUUCCAUUCCACACCUACCUACCCAACACCUUAACUACCCAACGUCUUCUCUUCCAUCAUGGCGUAUAACAAAGGGUUUAACCCCGAUAGAUUGCCGGCGCACGCAGAGCCUGAACAGGCCGCUGCCAUGCUUUCGCAGAACAACCAGCAACCGCGUCCACUUCGCAACACACACCAGGACUAUAACAAGCCUGCACCUCCCGUACCGAGCGGUUUACGUCCUAACGAUGGAUAUGGAAGACCUCCCACAGGCGGAUACAAUGACCCACGAUACGACGGUCGCCAGCCCAGCCCUCGCUAUGAUCAGCCGCGACACGAUCCCCAUUAUAACUCCUAUGGCUCUCCGCCGCCGCAGAACUAUGGCCAUGGUCCUCCUCCUCAGGGCUACCACAAUCGCCCGGUCGCGCAGCGUCCGCCGCCUACGCCUGCCCCUCCUCGAGAUGCGAACGACCGUGAUGCGCUUUGGAAGUUGUUCGGCGCCGUGGACAAGGAUGGCAGCGGAAACCUUACUGAAGCCGAGUUGCGCACCGCACUCGUGAACGGAGACUGGUCACCCUUCGACCCGCAUACUGUGCGCAUGAUGAUAAGGAUGUUUGACACCGAUCGCUCUGGCUCCAUCAAUUUCGAAGAAUUCUGCGGACUCUGGGGCUUCUUGUCCGCCUGGAGGGGCCUCUUUGACCGAUUCGACAAGGACCGAUCUGGAAGCAUAUCCUACGACGAGUUCAACGAAGCACUUGUUGCGUUCGGAUACCGCCUGUCUUCCCAAUUCGUCGCGCUCUUGUACAGGACCUACGAUCGAAGAAACGAGAACGCCAUCAGCUUCGACCUCUUCGUGCAAGCCUGUAUCAGCCUGAAGCGCAUGACGGACGUUUUUAAGAAGUACGACGACGACCGGGACGGCUAUAUCACUCUGAGUUUUGAGGAAUUCUUGACAGGUGCGCAAACCUUGUUCCUCUUCAACUCGAUAUCCCCAGACACAGACAUCGGUCUUUACUAAAUCUCGACAACCACCAGAGAUCAUUCGCCAGCGAUAGCCUCAGUCAGGUCAAUUUCACCUGGAGAUGCUACCCAUGGGGGCUUCGGCGUCCUCUCUCAUGCUCUCCCAUUUUCUCCCUAGCUCAAGGUUUGUGGGGGAAAGUCAUCUCUACAUCCAUUGACAGGUAGGAGGGAUGGGGAGGUAUUCGAGCGCGUACGAGGGGUGGAAGGGUUGCAGGCCAUGUUUUUUUUU